GUUUAGCUUAAUUUUGUUAAUUAGUUAAUUUUGAUUAGUUAGAAUUAGUUAAAUUUCAUGCUGUUAGUUGAUUUAGGUGGUUAGGUAGGUUUAAACUUAGUUUGUAGUAGAUUCUAGGUCUGGAAUUUUUUGCUGAUUGUGUUUGGAUUACUCUGUGAUUUGUUGCAUGAUAAUGACUUUUUUGUUUUAUGGAUUGAAUUGUGACUUUACUGCUUCACUCAAUUACAUUGAUUUGUUGAUUCAUAUGCAUUGGUAUCUGAUUUACUACUGCAUUCAUAUGGAAACUUCUUUGAUUGAGUGAAUUUAGGAAAUGUGAUGGUUAACUGCUGAAUUGCUGCUGGAGAUUGUUUGAUUGGUUUUAACUGUUCAUUCUUGAUGCGGCUGAUUAAUUGAAUUUGGCAUUAUGCUAAUCCUGCUUUGAAACUUUAGUUGAUUGUCCGGCUGUUUGCUCUAAUGUUUUGUUGCAAAGCACAAAUAUCUGAACUCUCUUCUCAUAUAAACUGAAUAGAAUCAGAAUUGUUCUUGCUCUUGUUUGAUUUGUCAAUCGAGCAUAACAAUGGCGAAUGGGACGGAUCUGGAGGAAAUGGGCAGAGAACUCCAGUGCCCCAUUUGUUUAAGUUUGCUGAAUUCUCCGGCCAGUCUUCCAUGCAGCCAUGUCUUCUGCAACUUUUGUAUCGUCAACUCUAUGAAGUCGUCUUCUGAUUGCCCUGUCUGUAAAAUACCCUUCUUCCCUCGAGAGGUUCGCCUUAGUCCUCGUUUGCUCAACUUGGUUAACAUUUACAAAAGAAUGGAACGCUCUUCUGGUAUGAACUUAUUCCUCACCCAGAAUCUGCACUACUAUAAGUUUUCAGAUGAAGAAACGCAAUGUCAAGUUGAUGCUGACUGUGGUAAAGAGGAUGCUUAUGAUAAGAAGAGUUCCGAUGCCCCAUGUCGAGGGGAUCAGAAUUGCAACCUGCUACAACAACUGUUGUAGAAACUAGCUCCUCAAGACCUAUUAGGAGACCACGCGGAAGACCUCCGAUACGUCGAGGUGUACGAGGUCACGGGCGGCCUAGGAAGUGACCGCUUGCCAAUGAUGAAAGCGUUAGGGUUCCGCCUCUUGUCAGGUGCCAUAGGCAGUGGUUCUGAAAUUUCCAGUGGUCCACUAAGGUUGUCCUUUAGUCUGGAGCAGCUGUGAAAGAAGUAAACCACAAAUUGAAGAACAAGGACUACAAGGCAUUUUGACGCAUUGUUGGUUAUGAAGAAUCGGAUUUGGAUUAGGAUAGGUUUUGUGCAUUGGUGUUUAAAUCCCUCAAAAGGGGGCAGGACUUGUGUAGGUAUCUAGUACCCUAGCCAAUUAGUUGUCCUUUUUCCUUUGGA